CUUUUCUUCUUCUUCCUCUUCUCAUCGUGAAGCAGUCGUUAUAACUUUAACUACUCCACCAACAUGGCUCAAACUCUUUCCAACAACAAUUUUGCGGGCUUUGCCACACUAACUGGCGCAGCUCUACUUGGUCUCUUGGCUUUAAAAUACAAUGAUCGCGCAGUAUUCACAGAACGUCGUGAAGGCAUCCCUAAUGUCCCCGGCAUGCCGUUGUUUGGAUUGAUGUUUGAACAGAUCGCCAAGAAAGACCGCUUCCUUGACUUUUUCUUGGAAAAAGUUGAGCAUAUGGAUGUCAUGACCAUGUACGUAUCGGUACUAGGCCUCCCGCCACGGAUAAUGACGAUCGACCCUGCUGCAGUGGAACACGUGUUAAAAGACAAUUUCUCGAAUUAUGUCAAGGGCAAACGCUCAGUUGAAAUGACGAAUGAUUUGUUCGGCCAUGGUAUCUUUGCAGCAAAUGGCGAACAAUGGCGGUAUCAGCGCAAGGCAGCGAGCUUAAUCUUCAACGUUGUCAAUUUCCGAGAUUUCUUCACAGGCAAAGUCUUUGUAAAAGAGCUAAAUGUCAUGUCAGACCGCAUUCUUAACAAAAAGGCAGAACAAGGCGAGUUUAUCGAUUUCCAAGACGUAAUCUACAAAUUCACCCUCGAAACAUUCGUCUACCUUGGAUUUGGAAAGCAACUUGGAGCCCUAUAUAACAACGAAAAAGUUCCUUUUGCUACAUCGUUUGAUGCUUGUCAGCAUAAUUGUUUCCAGAGAAUUAUCAGUCCUCUCGGAUCCUUACGUGAAGCACUCCGUCCUAUUUUGCGACCCAGUGAGCUUAGCGCCACGGCGCACAUAAAAGUGAUCGACGAAUUUGCAUAUGGCUUGAUUGCGGAGCGCAAGGAGCAACUGGCACAAGGACACAAGUACAAAGACUUGCUCUCACGUUUCAUGAGUGCUCGUAAUCCGGAAGGUCAAGAACUGAGUGACAAAGAGCUACGUGAUACGGUCUUGAAUUUUAUCAUUGCGGGUAGAGAUACCACCGCUCAAACACUUUCGUGGACAAUCUAUUACCUCUUGCUACAUCCUCGAGUGGAAGAUAAAUUACUUGCUGAAGUGAACGAGUCGAUACCCGAUGAGAUUGAAAAAGAUGCGCCUGCUCUUUAUGAAACUAUCAAGAAAAUGGCUUAUGCACAUGCUGUUUUCUAUGAGGUUUUACGCUUAGAACCUGUUGUCCCUAGCAACAAUAAAAUCGCAUUGGAGGAUGACAUACUUCCCGACGGAACACAUGUACACAAAGGCGAUCAGGUUAAUUGGUCAGCAUACGCCAUGGGAAGAUCCAAGAAACUCUGGGGUCCUGACGCUGAUAUGUUCAAGCCUGAGCGUUGGAUUUCUCCGGACGGUGAACUUCAUCGGGAAUCUGCAGCCAAAUGGCCAGCUUUUCACGCUGGUCCGAGAGUUUGUCUAGGUCAAGCUCUUGCGACCCUCGAGGGGCUCGUGGCACUUACCAUCUUGUUGAAGCGAUACAAAUUCGCUCUCGUUCCUGGCCAAGAAAUUGUCUACUCAAUGUCGCUUACACAUCCAUUGAAAAAUGGAUUGAAGGUCUUUGUAGAAAAGCGUCAGUAAUGUGUAUAUGUUGGCUCAUUCGCGAAAACAACGAAUUACAUAUCUAUAUUUCGUUAUACGGGCAUCUACUAUGAAUACUGUAAAGAUAGCUCGCAACAAACUCAAGUUAAAUAUGCUCGAUCCGUUAUGAUAUUAUGCAACUCCUAUGAUACUUUCUGAAUAUAUAUGCGCAUGCGUUACAUAGUAUGAAGUGUCGCUUUUUUUUGACAAGCAUUGCAUUACUGAUCCCGCAUAUGCUUGAGUGGCUCUGGGGGCUAAGAAUAAAGUCUUGAUUGAACGGUGAUUCCUUUUUCCGAACUAACUGCAUGCAUGAUGAUGCACCCUGAGCAUUGAAA